AACCGCAGCAGAGCACCACCACCACCACCCGAGCUGCAGCAGCACCGAGCAGAGCAGCAGCAGCAGCAGCCCAACCCCCCUCUCCCCUCCCCAUCGACUGCGAUGAUGAUGGAGAUUCCACCACGCGCGCCCGCCUCCUCCUCCACCACCUCGUUCCCCGCAUAGCCAUCCAUCCAUCCAUUCCCCAACCCACAGCAAGAACCCUCCUCUUCUCCCUCCUCCGUUCUCCGAGCGAGUUUGAAUCUUGGUGAGGGGAGCGAUGGCCAAGGCGGAGAGGCUGGUGGUGGAGGUGGUGGCGGCGCACAACCUGAUGCCCAAGGACGGGCAGGGCUCCUCGUCGGCCUACGUGGAGGUGGAGUUCGAGCACCAGAAGCGCCGCACCAGGCCCAGGCCCAGGGAGCUCAACCCCGUCUGGAACGAGCGCCUCGUCUUCCCCGUCGCCGACCCCGACGACCUCCCCUACCGCGCCAUCGACGUCGCCGUCUACAACGACCGCGCCGCCUCCGCCUCCGCCUCCGGGAGCGGCCCCCACGGCCGCAACUUCCUCGGCAAGGUGCGCGUCCCCGCCGCCGGCGUGCCCGCGCCUGGGGAGCCCGUCGUGCCGCAGCUCUUCACGCUCGAGAAGCGCAGCCUCUUCUCGCAUAUCCGCGGCGAGAUCACGCUCAAGAUUUACCGCGCCGGCGCCGGGGCUGGGGAGGUGGUCGCCAAGGGCAAGCAGGAGAAGCCGGCCAAGGCGGUGGUGAGUGGGCCCGAGGUCGUCGCCGCGCCGCCUGUGAAUGGGGGCAAGAAGCAUCACCACCAGCAGCAGCAGCAUCACCAGCAUCACCAGCACCAACAGCCGGUGGUGGCCGCGCGGCCGCAGCAGCCGCCGCAGCAGCCCCAGCAGCCCAUGGACGUCAUGCCGCAGCCGCAGCCGCAGCCGGCGGCCAUGAAGCCGGUCAUGCUCGCCGACCACUACCCCGUCCCGGCCAUGUUCCCCGGCGGGCCCGCGGACUUCUCCCUCAAGGAGACGCGGCCACACCUCGGCGGCGGGCUGACGGCCGACAAGGCGAGCGCCACCUACGACCUGGUCGAGCAGAUGCAGUACCUGUACGUGCGCGUCGUGCGCGCGCGCGGCGUGGCCACGCCCGGGGAGGCCGUGGCGGAGGUCAAGCUCGGGAACUACCGCGGCGUCACGCCGCCGGCCGCCGCGCACCAGUGGGACCAGGUCUUCGCCUUCUCCAAGGAGACCAUCCAGUCCUCGUUCGUCGAGGUCUUCGUGCGCGCACGCGGCAGCGACGACCACGUCGGCCGCAUCUGGUUCGACCUCUCCGAGGUGCCCCGCCGCGCGCCACCGGACAGCACGCUGGCGCCGCAGUGGUACGCCAUGGAGGACCGCAAGGGCGAGCGCGGUAGCGUGGAGCUGAUGGUCGCCGUUUGGUACGGCACGCAGGCCGACGAGGCCUUCGCCGAGGCGUGGCACUCCAAGGCCGCCGGCGUCCAGGGCCACGGCCCCCUGGGAUCCAUCAAGUCCAAGGUGUACGUCGCCCCCAAGCUCUGGUACCUCCGUGUGUCCGUCAUCGAGGCGCAGGACCUGCUCCCCAUGGACAAGGGCCCCAUGGCGACGGGCCGGUACCCGGAGCUCUUCGUGCGCGCGCAGAUUGGGAGCCAGAUGCUGCGCACACGAGCGUCGCCGAUCAUGGCGAACCGGGGGCCGACGAGCCCGUUCUGGAACGAGGACCUGAUGUUUGUGGUUGCCGAGCCAUUUGAGGAGUUCUUGGUGGUCUCUCUGGAGGAUCAUGUGUCGCCGGGCAGGGAUGACAUCCUCGGCCGCCUCGUCGUUCCGGUGUCUGCCAUUGAGAGGCGCUGGGAUGAGAAGCUUGUUGUCUCCAGGUGGUUUGGGCUGGACCGCGCCGGUGGCGGCGGCAAUGUCGCCGUCAACAACCCGAACAGGUUCGGGAGCCGGGUGCAUCUCCGGCUAAGUCUCGACGGCGGUUACCAUGUUCUGGAUGAGGCAACGGCGUACAGCAGUGAUCUCCGGCCGACGGCAAAGCAGCUGUGGUACCCGCAUGUCGGGGUGCUCGAGCUCGGCGUGCUCGGUGCCACUGGACUGAUACCAAUGAAGGGCCGGGCCGAUGGCAGGGGCGCGACGGCAGAUUCAUAUUGCGUCGCAAAGUAUGGCCAGAAGUGGAUCCGCACGCGCACCGUCGUCGACUCGGUGUGCCCCCGGUGGAACGAGCAGUACACCUGGGAGGUGUUCGACCCCUGCACCGUGAUCACCGUCGGCGUGUUCGACAACUGCCAUGUGGACAAGCCGGCAUCAGGGAACAACACCACGGUGGCCGUCCGUGACAACUGCAUCGGCAAGGUCCGUAUCAGGCUCUCGACACUGGAGACCGACAGGGUGUACACUCAUGCCUACCCACUGCUGAUGCUGCAUCCGUCUGGUGUCAAGAAGAUGGGGGAGCUCCACCUGGCCGUGCGCUUCUGCUCCAGCAAUGCCGGCAACAUGUACCAUGCCUAUGCUCGCCCGAUGCUCCCCAAGAUGCACUACAUCGAGCCGCUGCUGGUGCGGCAGGUCGAGAGCCUGCGGUUCCAGGCCACGAGUGUCGUCGCUGCCCGGCUUGGCCGCACCGAGCCGCCACUCGGCAAAGAGGUCGUCGAGUACAUGCUGGAUCACCGUUCACAUCUGUGGAGCAUGCGGCGCAGCAAGGCCAACUUCUUUCGCCUUGUCUCCGUGCUCUCCGGUGUGAUGGCGGUUGGCAGGUGGUUCGAGCUGGUUCGCUCCUGGCAUUACCCGGUGCAUUCCUGCGUUGCCGUCUUCACGUUCUUGGUGUUCGUCCUGAUGCCGGAGCUGAUCCUGCCGACGGCGUUCCUGGUGAUGGCGAUCACCGGGCUCUGGAGGUACCGCGUGCGCCCGAGGCACCCGCCCCACAUGGACAUGCGGUUGUCCCACGCGGACGCGGCCACCGUCGACGAGCUGGACGAGGAGUUCGACACGUUCCCUUCGAGCCGUGGCGAUGCUGUGCGCUUCAGGUACGACCGCCUCCGCAGCGUGGCGGGGAGGGUGCAGACGGUGGUCGGUGACAUUGCGACGCAGGGCGAGCGGAUGCAGGCGGUGCUCAGCUGGCGCGACCCGAGGGCGACGAUGCUCUUCUCGGUUGCCUGUGUUGUUGCUGCGGUCAUUGCUUAUGCUGUGCCGAUGAAGUUGCUGAUCGGGCUGUGGGGCCUCUACGCCAUGCGCCCGCCGAGGUUCCGCAGCCGGAUGCCGUCCCCGCUGAUGAACUUCUUCCGGAGGCUGCCAUCCAAGGCCGACAUCCUGCUCUGAUCAUCCCACAUUCAGUUUCAGCUGGCUGCAAAAUGGGUAACUCUUAACCUUGUGACCGAUUCAGUUAUUGGUGGUUGGUUAUUUUGGAGGGAAGUGGAUGAUGCUUGGAAGGAAUGUAGUAGCAAGAAACAAACUUGUUUGCUUUCUUGCAUGCUGGAGGUGUUGCUUAGCUUAGUUGCUGUUAGUGUUAGCUAGUGUAGUCUGCUGCUUUGUGUGGUGGCACCAGUAGAAGAAGAAGACUUCUGGUAGCUAGUUCUUCCAGUCCCAGUUUCAGACUUUCAGUUGUGCAAGGACUAAAGUUCAGUAGAUGGCAGUCAAUCUAUUAUGUGAUGAUGAAACAACGACUAAGUUCUGUACUACAUUGCUGUUACUCUGUGUGAUGAUGAUGUGUUGAUGAAA